GGGACUCCAAAUGUCGACGAUCAGUGAUAUGACGUGAAAGUUAUGUCCCUAAAGUCGUUGGUUUCGUACCAUAUCCCCUUCCUUUUUUAUUGCAUUUUCAUUUUGACCAUAAGUGCGGAAAGUAUACCUUCUCAUAGUGCUAGGGGGAUACUUAUAGCAAAUACAGUUGACGGUUCAUUUAUUGGCUUAGAUAUUGAAAAUGGAAAAGAAUUAUGGAAGAUAGAUGGCCCUGCACUUGUUUCUCAAAGCCUCAGUGACCUACAGCUCAUGACAAAGACAAAGUCAUAUAACAUCGUCCCAUCUCUGGAAGGACAGCUUUUUUUAAUGGAGAGGAGAUUAACAGAUGACCUGGAGUUGUCUCAGGAGGCAUCUUUAAAAGCACUGCCACUGAAUAUCGAUUCUUUAUUUUCCUCGAAUUUUAUGCUUACAGAAGAGUCCAUCUUAACUGGAGGACGAGAUCACUCAACUUUUGCUUUUAAUCCUAAUGAUGGAAAAAUAAGAUAUAAUUGUACGCGUGAUGGAUGUACCAACUCUAAUAUUGAAAAAAGCUUGUCUGAUGGAAACGUCAAUACAAAUGAUCCAACGAUAAUAGCUUACAGAGUGAAUAACAUAGUGCGCGCAAUUAAUGCUCCAACAGGAGUUGAGAAAUGGAAUAUGAGUGUUCAUAAAUAUGAUCUUUGCUUAUUAACCGAUGGAAUUCCUACACCAAUGAAUGCUGUUCAAAAGCCAUUACCCCUUUGUAACGUACCUUUGGAUUCUCCACCUGUUCGCAGUAAUUUUAUGGAUGAGUCGUAUUUCAGUAUAGAUGAACCAGACUGGGAUUUUGGAUUAGAUAAACGAAUGAUAACAGCACGAACAAAGGAUAAACAUGCAGAAGAAUUGUGGUCAUUCAACUUCACCUCCAGGAUAUCGAAAGCAUGGAUAUAUCGUAGAGAUUUACAGAAUUUAAGAUCAUUACCAUUGUUUACGUAUGAUAGAGCUGCUGUCUUAUUGAUUGAAAAAUUCGAUGAAUUUCAAGAAAAAUCUUCUGCUGUUCGUCGAUUUGAAGUACUGAAGGAAAAAGGUUUGAACCUGUUCAACAGAAAAAAGACUCAUUCAUCAACAGAUGGUCAGAAAAACAAAUGUGUUUCACGUGAUCGCCUUAUUUACCUUGGUAGUUUGAAUGGUCAGCUGUAUGUUCAGGUUGAAGAUGGUAUAGAUCUUCCAAGUCCUGAUAUGAUCAAUCUUUCUAAGAGCUUAUCACUACCAGCAAAUGGAGUACUAGAUCAACAUAAUGAGCCUGGCGCCUCUUCGUUGAUUGGAUAUUAUCGUGCAUCUUAUUCGAAAGCAUCAAAAAUGCCAACACUUAUUCAACCUCUCCUUUCGGAUGACAGUGUUGAAGAUACAAUUGAAAGAGUUACUGCGCUAGGAUUUCCAAACAAUGCAGAUAACUUUAAGCCUUUACUUGGCUUUGAUUCAGAUAUCUCAGCUGAAGAAACAAAAACACAACAUUCAACUAGUGAAGAGUCUAAUUAUAACAAUGGUCUACCGGAACGAAUAUUUAAUAGUGCUAAUGACUUAGUGAUGCUUCUUUUACGUGCAAGCGAAAUUGCUGUAAAUCAUUCACCUAAUGAUUCUGAAGCCAGUCGUUCUCUUGGAUUUAGUUUGUCUACUCACUUCAUGCAGAUGGCAUUAGUAGCUGCUAUCCUUUAUUUCACUGCACAGUGGAUCAUGAAUAUGAAAAUUAACUAUGAUACACAGUUAAGAAAUAACUCAUUCUACGAGAAAACAUGUUAUCUUGAAUCAGUUGUUGUUCAACCAAAUAGUUCGUCGGGAAGUUCAAAUGAAACAGCAGUAUGUCCAUCCUGUUCCACUUCAAAUACUUCAUCAUCGUCUCCCCCACCUAAUCAGUCUGUUUCUGGUCCCUUUUAUCAGUCAUCCUUCAUAUCGCCAUUUGAAACAGAUUUCAAAUUUAUACGUCGCCUUGGACGUGGUGGUUUUGGACAAGUGUUUGAAGUUGAAAAUCGUUUAGAUGGUUGCCGGUAUGCUAUCAAACGUAUUAAGAUGAAUGAUGCUGAUGAUGAUAAAAAUGUGUUUCUACGAGAAGUGAAAGCUUUGGCUACUCUCGAUCAUCCAGGCAUAGUUCGCUAUCAUCGAGCUUGGAAAGAAUAUCCUCCAGCUGGUUGGCAGGAAUCACGUGACGCCUUGGUAUUGGAUAUAUCGGAUGACUGUACCAGUAGAAGUGGUGAUAGUGGUCAUGAUUAUGGAAAUGAUGAAAAUCGUUUGUCAAGUAUUGUUUCCUCAUCAAAUUUUGAUUCACGUCGUUCAAGUAUAUCGUUAAGUGUUGAAGAAAAUUCCGUAGGAUCAGAUGGAUCUAUUUCUUUCAGGUAUGCCCACUGUGGUUACAAUCAUCUCUACUACUUCUAAUGAUAAUGUCAUGUUCACACACUAUUAGGUUUAAUAGACGUUAAAUAUGUGUAUUUCAGUUGAUAUUGUUUCAAAAUGAAUCCUAAGGGUUUUAUUCAUUUUGUUUUCAUCUUUCCUAUAGUUCUCAUAAACAUUGCAAGCCUAAUUCGGAUGGUGAUGAUAGUCUUAUUGUAUUUGAAAAUCCAGUUGGUUCUGAGAAACACUCAUCUGCUAAUACAAACAUUUCAAAAUAUUCAUUGAACAAAAGAUCUGCAAAAGUACAGCUAAAUCACGAAGUCAGAUAUACAUGUUAUUUAUACAUUCAAAUGCAAUUGUGUUCUCCAAAAAGUCUACGUGAUUGGCUUGCUGUACACAAUGCUCCAGAAUCACGCCCACGUGUCGAAUUAAUUUCCAUGUUUCGUCAAAUUGUAGACGCUGUAGCCUAUUUACAUAAUCAUGCUUUAAUGCAUCGUGAUCUGAAACCUUCUAAUAUCCUUUUUGACUUAAGCAAUCGUCUUAAAUUGGCUGAUUUCGGUUUAGUCACUUCUAUGUCAGAUGAAAAAUCAAGUCAACAAGAUAUGUUGCCGGUGAAUUGCAGUGACCGAAAUAAACAUUUUUCAUACCCUCAAAUGAUUAAUGAAAACUACUUGAAUACUACUGAUAAUAAUAAUAAUGACGGACAUGGUAAUUGUAUUGAUCGUCAACUACGUCCCUUAGAAGACAUCAGUACUGUACAACAAAAGCGUACUGUCUUUGCACGUCGACAUACUGACCAUGUGGGCACAGAUCUGUAUAUGAGUCCUGAACAGGAACGAAGUGAUAGUUACGACCAUAAAGUGGACAUCUUUUCAUUGGGAUUAAUCUUCUUGGAACUGUUGAUUAUAUUCAAUACAUCAAUGGAAAGGAUUUGCACCUUGACACGUGCAAAACAACAAAAACUCCCAAAGGAUUUUGUCACUUUUAAUCCAGUCGAAACUGACUUCGUUCUGAAACUUUUGGAUAUAAAUCCAUUCAAUCGUCCUGAAGCUUCUGCUAUUUUGGAGAUUCCAUUAAUUAAACAAUCUGCCUCAUAACAUAAAGAUUUGUCCAAUAAAUAUCAUCCAGUAAAAUACAAUUUUAUGUUUAUUUAGAUUUCUCAUCGCUCAAGUUUAUAUUUCCCUUUUUUUCUAUAUUUGUUGUCUGUGAUCUGUAAAAUAUACGUUUUUUUGUAU